GUCACUUGCUACCUUCAAGAACCACCGCGCCUCUCGCAGGGAUGGCGCCGAUUGCGCAGCGUAAACACCUGGGCCGCGACAAGUUCAGCGCGCAAUUCGGACUCCUCAAGACGCAACAGUACAUUGACCCUGCCGCUCGGACUGUCACCCCGACAAUCCACCGAACAAUAUCCUGGAACGCUUCUGGCGGUCUCAUCGCGACCGGUGCCAAUGACAAGACUGUCCGAGUCUGGAACCCCGAGAGGACCAGCCCCCGAAGUCAGACCGAGCUCCGUGGCCACGGCCACGCCGUGGAAAAAGUCUUGUUCAACCCGGUACGAGAGUUCGAGUUGGCGAGCUGUUCCUCCGACGGGACCGUACGGUUCUGGGACACGCGGAGCAAGACGUGUGUCACCAAGCUGGACGUCGGUGGAGAACCGUUCACGCUCAGCUGGAGCGCCGACGGCAGCACGUUGCUCGCCGGGACAAAAGGCGACGUCCUCAUACCCAUUUCAACCGCCAUCCCUUCCUCUCCGGUUGUCCUGUCGAGGCACAAGCAGUCACAACAGACGAACCAAACCACCUUUUCGAAUUCGUACCCACCGACCGACCUUCUGAUCACCCGUGGCGACGGCUCGGUUCAGAUACUCGAUUUUCCGUCCUUCCAACCCCUGCACACCAUCUCCGCGCACACGUCGUCGUGCACCGCAAUCUCAUACUGUCCCAAUGGGAAAUUCGUCGCCGUGGGAGGUUCCGACGCCAUGAUAUCCCUCUGGGAUACCACCGACUGGGUGUGCCGCCGGACCGUGUCCAACCCGAGUUCCGGGGCGAUCAAAGGUCUCAGCUGGUCCUGGGACGGACGGUACGUGGUCGGCGCGAGCGAAGAGAUGGGGUCGGGGGGUGGUGAAGGCUUGAGCUCUGGCUUUGAAAUAUACCAUGCCGAGACCGGCGAUGUGGUGCACACUAUAUCUACGGGGACCAGCGGCAUCCCGGCCGUCGAGUGGCAUCCGAACCGUUAUUGGCUGGCAUACACCCAGGUUGAAGAAACGAGGCAGGGGAAAUCCAGCCUGAAAAUCAUUGGUGCAGCUGGGGGCCCAUCGAUCUGAGCGAACACGUCCCAUCCACUCUUACAAGGUGACAACCCUCAAUCGAACCUCGAGACAUGACCGAUUGGCAUAUCAAAGACACCCGAGUACACGGUACAUGGCGCUCUACGUUCGGAGUUGCUGGGAUCAGCCUGGCUAUUGCCUCCCUGUACAGGUCCGUCACGGAUGAUUCUCAAGAAGGCCGAUGAGCACGUUCAUGGGUUUCCGUGUUCGCAUCUGCCCGUCAGCAGGAGCAAAAUCACGAACGCUGGACUCGGCGAUACCCUCGACCAUUCGGCUGACCUUUGGAGGCGAUUGCAAUCUACGCCGACACUAGUUACGACGACCGUCGUGUGUCUAUAGUGGGCUCAUCGAACGAGACUUGGUCGAUGACGGCUUCUUGUCGAGCCGUCACCCCCCGGUGUUCUCAAUCCUCGAAUCGAGUUUGACGACUUCUCACCAGCUACGCGAGCAUAAUCGCUGGCCAGCAUCCGAGGUCUUCGUUGCGGAGUGUAUACAGUGAUGUGCCAUGGACAAUGUGUUUGAGCUACACCAAUGCCAAAGCAUGACCGUUAAUUGUGUGCAACCACUCGUCGACUCAAGACGUCAUUAAUUGUGUAUGGCCUCUCUUGGGCCCCGUGAGGGAAUGUUGACUGCUUCAAAGUAUUGUUGGAUAACGACUGGAUUGAUGCAACUGACAUGGCCACUAUAUAUAUCUCGAGUAUCCCGAAAUAAAUAUCUUGGUGGCCGACGAAAAUGGUAUAUAAUCUCUAACCUUUAUACAAUCUGCUACAACAAACAUAAACUGUUCUAUACACAA